AUGGCUAUCUCCUCCAUCCUCUCAAGCUCUCAACCCCACCGCGAUGGCCGCGUCAAGGAUCGAGAACGUGAAAGGGACCGUGAACGAGACUGGGAACAAGUUCGUAAUGAGCGCGAACGAACAAGUGAAAGAUUCAUUGGGACACCAACGACUGCGGAACAUGAUCGUAUUGCCCAUUCUUUUCCCCCACUAUUUGCCAUUUCAACUUCAACUCGCGCUUUCAAUCUCUGGGAACCCCGGAGUUUGUCAGAGUAUAGUUAUUUAAUUUAUCUCCCUUUCGAGAACAUUCUUGCGAUGCUUACGCUCGACGUUCGGAUCGGCAAAGCCCCCCCACCCCAAAUGGCUUCUCGUCCUUUCCCACCUCCUUUUUUCUGUGUCCUCAAAUUCAUCACUUCUUGCAAUGCUUUCUCUCUCGAUUCAUAUCACGCAUUCACCCUCAUUUUUCCAAACCCCCCCCUCUUCUUUGACCACGCCCCUCCCUUCUUACUCACGCUUGUUGACUAAUCUCAUUGCUUUAUCUAUCCCGGCCUUCAUUGGGCUAACUCAAUUCUUCAUUUUCAUCUCGCUUAGAUGCACCAAAAAAGCGAAGGCUUGCAACGGCAGCUGAUUCGCCUCCAUCCCAUACCACUCACAGUUCAUCUCAUUUUCAUCACCUUUCUCCGAGUCCCCCUCUCUCACACCCGCCCCU